AUGAUGGUUACUCAGCAUGAGAUAAGACUUCUGGAAUACGAGAUGCAGCUAAAAGAUAUUAGUAAGGCAGAGACGGAUCUUAGAAGAUUUGUUGAGACGAAAGGUUACAAUCCCAGAAUGAAGUGCAUUGCAGCUGAGAAAUUCCAGAAAUUUAUGAAAGAUUAUAGUAGAAAAAGGGAUUCACUUUGUGAUGAACUGCGUCUACAGAACGGAGUUCUGCUGAACAAGCUUCGAAAGAUGAAAUCUGACCUCAGAUUGAAAGCUUCAGAAACGGAAGAAAUCAGCAAAUCUGACUACGAUAAAUAUGUACUAUUGAAUAAGGAAGUGGCAGAACGUCUAAAGGAAAAACUGUAUGGCAUCACAAUAGCCAAACUGAAGCUGGCCAGCCAACUGCGGGAUUUGAACGUGAUACGAGUUCGUAUAGUGUACACCCUAGACAAGUAA